UUUCUAGAUUCUCUCUUAAAUUGAAAAGUGUCUAUCCAAAUCAACCCAUCAUGCUUGGUUCAACAUGGAGGAGGAAGAAUUCUCGUCCCCUCUUGGGGGAUGAGGAGGGUGAUGCAUCAGGUGGUGCAUACCCCAAAGGUCCUCGCAUCCAAGUGUGUCAGAUUCCAUCAAAACUCUACCAAAUUGCUACCAUUGUACUCUUCGUGGGUGCUCUUCUCACUGCUCUUAAUAUCUAUGAGCUUCAUAAACUACAGAGACAGUCCCUGAAUUCCCAUCAACCAAAACCCUCAUUUGGGCCUGAGGCCAGUCACCAAAAAUCACCAGUGGUCUGGAUAGCAGGAAAGAAACUGGAAACAGGAUACCUGAAACAUGUUAUGGCGGUGUUUGAUCGCCUUGGGUUCUCAAGAGGCGACCCUGCUAGCCACUGGGAUGUUCUCUGGUCUCAUGAUUACCCUUUCCGCCAGUUCUAUGACAUCAUGCUCAACCUUCGCAAGGAUCAACGUGUCAAUCAUUUCCCCGGCUCUGGCUUCAUCACCAACAAACCAAAUCUAGCCACCUUGUCAAAUCAGUAUAUUCCAAAAGCAUUCAAAAUACCAGACCAAAGGGAAGAACUUCUGGAAUAUGCAAAAAAGAACCCAUCAAAAGAGUUUGUUCAGAAAAGCUCAAACCACAGAGGUAUCCAGAUAAAAAAAGUAGGUGAUCUAAAUUUAGAUGCUCGUGAUACCUUUGUGCAAGAGUACAUUGAUGAUCCUUUUCUCAUUGAUGGCCACAAAUUUGAUAUUGGUAUAUAUGUUAUCUUAACCUCUGUCAACCCCCUCCGAGUGUAUACUUUUGAAGAAGAUGCCCUCUUUCGAUUCUGUCGAGAUGAAUAUUAUCCUUUUGACAGUAAUAAUGUUAACAAAUAUGUUGUACGUGAUGAUUACUUGCCAAUAUGGGAAAUAUCUGCUAUUGAACCAUAUUAUACUAGUAAGGGAUUUGGAAUGAAACAAUCAUUCAAUGCUUAUAUGAUGAGUCAAAAGCAUGAUGUAGAUGCCAUAUGGUGGCAAAUCAAAGAAGCCAUUCAGACUGUGAUAAUGGCCAAAGAACCUGCCAUCAUUGAAGCAGCAUCCCGUUACCCAUCAUUUCGAAAUUUCUUUGAACUCAUGCGGUUUGACUUUGUACUAGAUAAGAAUUUGCAUGUGUUUCUGAUGGAGGCAAACAUGUCACCCAACUUGUCCAGUGGUCAUUUCCCAGGAAACAAGCUUCUCUAUGAGCAAGUGAUCUUCAAUGUACUCUGUUUGGCUGGUGUGGCUAGACGGGUACAUACGGAUUCCCUCUUGCCCCAAUCUGAUGAUGAGGAGAGUAUGCAAGUAGCAUUGAAGGAUAUCAUUGCAUUUCAUGAUGCCUGUGCUUCUUCAAAAUGCCAGGGCAAUUGCUCCAUUUCUGAAUGCUCUUAUUGCAGGCAGUGCUUGAAUGUUGAAGACAUUGAAGUGCUGAAAACAGCCUACUUAGAGCAUCAUAGUCGCCAUGGUAGUCGUCGCCUCAUUCCGGCCCCAAUGCACCAGGACCAAGCAUUCAAGCCAUUACCACUUAAGGGCUUGCUUCCACGAAAUAAGUGGAUGUAUGAGUGGUUUCGUGGAAAGUGCCUGGAAGAUGCCACCUGGUGUCUGUAAACAUCUGCAUUCAAAUUUCUUUCCAUCCUCACGUCUCUUUUUUUAUGCUAUCAUUUUCUCCUAUGAGGAAUGCAAUUGAUAACAAUACCUCAUGGUUGCCAUUUAGUGUGUGCUGGAAGAGGAUGAGUUCUCCUCACUUUGAAAACCAGCAAUAUAUAUAUGCUGGAUUUUACCCUGUCCUUGCAGGAGUAUGCUUGAUCAUGAUCAGAUAGGGUGUUGUCAGAUUUCUGUUAACAACUUGAGUUCUGCCUAUUCAUAUUUUGCUGCAAAGUUUGGAUUCUGUAACCCCAUAUUUCACAUGACUUCAUUCUUGAGUCAUUGGCAACUUGACAUCAAAUAAAUGAAUUCAGUAAAACUAUACUGUUAGCUUAUGUGCCUCAGCUCAAUACAUUUGUCACAUUGUGAUGCAAGCACUCACACCUAUGAACUUUUUGGCUUGCAUUUGUCUCAACAGGAGUGCAAUGAUUGGCAGUUCUUUAGAUUUUUUCAUCAAUGAGAUUGUCUUUCACAAUUAUAGGUUGUAUCAGUCAAAGCAAUGGCCUUGGGUAGUGGUGCUGACAUUUUCCUUCCAAGUUUUGCCCAACUUAAACUAUUCAAGUAUUCUAUUUUUGUCUGUCUUGGUCACAAUAGUACAGAAGUACUUGAAAUAAUAAAUAUAUUUACUAUCAGAGACAAUGACCAUGACAAAUACUCCUUGAGGUUAUUUUUGCUAAUGCAAAAGGACUUAUUAAAAGUUGGGCAUUGCUUCAUAGAUAUGACCUGAAAGGCUGAUAAACUCAUAUGAUCCUGGUAUUUGUGCCAAGAAUGCAUUGAAGUGAUCUUAGUCACAUCUGUUUUUGACAUCCUGAUGACUUCCCCAUUACCAAACUGCUAUUUACUAUCUUCUAGGACAGACAGAACUAGGUGUGUGCAUAUCCAGUUAGGGAAUCUCACCCAUGUACCUUUGUGACACAUUGAAUCUGUGUUCAUGUAAUGUCUGUGAUCUCUGUUCUUGUUGUUGUCUGUGAUAAUCAGAUUGCAUUGAAGAAGUCAGCCAUUCUCUUGACAUGCUGUGUGAAACAGGUUGUCAAAGCCUUGUCUGUAGGACUGUAUACAUACUUCGAAGAUCGGGUUGAAACUGUGUUCUCCUAGUCUGAUUGAAUAAUUUCAGUUACCCAUUUUACUUGUCAAGCAAUCAAUGUGCCUGUGGUCUGUCCAGAUCUAGAAGGGACUAUUCCAAACUGCAAAAUACAUAAAUUUUUUGCCAUACUCCUAAGAACCAAUCCUCUCCCUUGUGCUUCUCGGAUGCAGGGCCUGAGACAAAGGUGAGGCCAAGCUUUCACAUGCUUUGACAGGUUAAGAUAUGCCCUGUAUCUCCUCAUGCUCUCUGGGCCUGAGCAAGCUCUGCUUAUGUUAUACAGUAUUUUCAUGCAACUGAUGAAUUUAAUGCAUAAUUCAUUAUUAUGCUGGUUGGGAAUUUUGUGUCUGCAGAUUGCAUGCCAUGUUUGUCUUUCACAUAUGGAAAUAUUUAUAGAGAGAGAAGGCAUUUGAAGCUGAUACUCUUAAUUGUUCAAUUUGUGAGCACAUUCAUGUUCAAUCAUUUGAUGUUGCAUUGAGAGCAGAAUCUAAUUUUUUCAUAAACUGAUAAUGUUGUUCGAAAUUUUUAUGCAAAAAUAACUGUUGAAGGCCAUGAAAUCAAGAAAUUUUAAGUAUUGCAUGCCUUUGCUGCAAUCUGGGUAGAAUAUACUCUUCAAUCAUAUUUUAUGUAUGACAUUUUAAGAGAACUAUGUUUGCAUAUAAUCAUGUCAUCAUGCCUGUUACGUUCUUGGUGUGUGAAUAAAGUGCCACUGUGAAAAUGUAUCUGUGGUGAAUCUCCUAUGGAACAAAUUUGUUUUCUAUUUUUUUAAGAUGCCUAAAUUGUUUCUGCC